AUGAAGAGGACUGCGAUUGAGGAAGCCGAUGAUCCCAAUGGGUCCAAGGUUAAGAGAAGUAGGGUUGCCGAUCCUGAUGAAUUCGACUUUGAGCUUGAUGUUGACGAUAUUGGUUCCGAGGAUGGAUCACACUAUGCCGGCACAUCAUCUACUAUUCCCACAAACGAUACCCCAUUGACUCCUCUUUCCCCUGCGCGCAAGUUUCCUUCAGACCUCAAGACGAUCAAAUGUACGUUCCCCGAUUGCGACAAGACGUUCAACCGCCCAGCUCGUCUUGCUGCCCACAUGCGAUCUCACAACAAGGAACGACCGUAUAAGUGCCUAUUUCUUGGUUGCGACAAAGAUUAUAUUGAGGAGAAACACUUAAGACAGCAUAUCAAAGGUUCCCACACUGAAGAACGCGAACAUCGCUGCGCCCAACCUGGUUGCGGCAAGAGUUUCAUGACAGCUACUCGUUUGAGACGACACCAAGCUGUUCAUGAGGGCCAAGAGAGAUUCCGAUGCCGAGACUUCCCGCCAUGUAACCAGUCAUUCCGUAAGCAUCAGACUUUGCAACGUCACGUCCGCGCCGAGCAUCUUCGUGUUUCUCCCUACCCUUGCGACUAUAAAGAUGGCAUAUCGGGAGAUGCUUGUGGCGCAGGAUUUGAUAACGCUGGAGCUUUAAGACGCCACCAAGAGCGAGAACAUGGUGAAAUUCGCUUCUGGUGCGACGAAUGCAGCACUCAUCAGGAGAAUACCGAUGGUAAUCAGCCCGAGAGAGUAGGAUUCACCACAAUGGCCCUAUUACAAGCUCACAUGAAACAAGAUCAUGUCAGCUGUAUGUUCUGUGGAGUCCAAUGUAACGGCAGGUCAGGUCUUGAACAGCAUAUUGACUCAGAGCACUCAAAUCCUAAGAGUAUCGAGGAACGAAAAAAUGUUGCUUGCACGUGGCCGGGUUGCACUAAGACAUUCACCAAGAAAUCGAACCUUAAUGUUCAUAUACGAAGCUUCCAUGAGGGCUUGCGGUUCGUCUGUGGAGAGGUUGAUCUUAGUGGCACAGAAGAUUUGGGGCGCUGGUUACAAUCCGAUGGUUGCGGGGAGAGCUUCGUUACCAAAGCCAAUCUGGAGAACCAUGUCCGCUAUAUACAUCUAAAGUAUGAACGACCAGAGCAGCCUCAGGGAGUAUCUAAGCCCAAGCAACGCGAUCCUUCUGAUAUCCUCGAAGAGCUCACGGGGGUGGGAGAGAAGUCUAGACGGACAUUGCCAUGUACAAUUUCCGGCUGUACCGCCAAAUUCAUACACAAUGGCGAACUUGAGGCACACCUACAAAGUGAGCAUAUCAUCGAGCAUGCACUACAACAGCUGGCAGAGCCGGAUGUAGACCCAAUGCUGCCUAUGGUAUAUGAUGAUAUGAUGCAAGGGGUAGGGAACUUGGAAGAGGCGGAUGGUAGGAACGGUGAAUUCUGGAUUGGGGCUGAUACUGGUCUGGAGGGUUCAAUGGCACCGAGGUUUGAUGAGGAAUGGUUUCACGACGAGGCCGAAAUGAGACAGCUCAUCCAGCCUAGUGAUUUGGAUGGCUUGAUCGACCCGGCGUUAAAUGAUUCGUAG